AUGACCUGUCACUCCAACAAAGCGUACUGGAUGGUGGGACUGGGCGCAUCAAUUGGUAACAGCAUGCUCGCAAUGUCAGGUCCUGAAUCUCCCACCCUCAAGAUGUUUGUCACGCGUGGAAUCUCCCUGGUCAACUUCACCGUCGCCUCCUCCGCACUCGCCUUCCAGGUCUUCGUAUUAUAUCCCUGGCACAAUCAGCUAGACGACGAGUUCAAAGCGUUGAAGCAGGAACAUCUGCGCGUGCUGCGUCGAGCCGAUCAAUUAAUCGCACAAAAGCUAUAA